GAAGCUCUCGGUGUACCGUUGCAUAACGAAUUGUUCUCAUUCUUUUACUCUUAGUCGAAGCUUCGAUUAUGCAUCGCUUCUCCUUCCCGUUUCGGAGUAUAACUCGCACUUCGUUAGUGCUACUUCAACGAUUUCUCUCUUUUUCUUCUUCCAAAUCUUCGCUUAUUCGAAUGGUCUACGAUUGCUCAGGAAGCAUAAUCCACACAACACUUGAUAUCGAUGAACGCUAUGAUCUAGGUCCUGAAUUCCAACGCCACCCUGUCGAUGGAAAAAAACUAUCCAUUCAUCAAGGCACCACCUUAUUACAUCCAGUUUCGAAUGUACAGAUAUUGUCUGAUACUACCAGUCGAGUUGGAUACACCACAGACCCUGUAAAUCAUGAUGCGCAUUCAGCCGUAGCGAUACUCACCAAGGAAGCCGACUUGAACAGUUACUUUGACUAUGUCAAAAGUGAACAAGUUUGCAGAGAGACACCAGACCUUAUCAACGAUGACAGCGGUACCUUUUCCACAACCUAUACCCCAAAUAAUGGCGACGAAGUCCUUGAAACUUUAUUUGAUACCAUGUCAAUUGUUACGGAAAAAUCUCCCCCGUCGCCGCCGGAAUCUCUGGAAGCUUACCAUAAAACUUUAAUACGCUUAUGCAACCAAAACCUACACAAGGCAGAUAUUCCAAGCAUUCAUUUAACGUUACCAGCUGUAUAUAGAGUUCGUCUUGCUAAAUAUUCGAUCAUGAAUCAUACAUGAUAUUAAAUUCUAGUGUAGGUCAAUGGAGCACGUCGAACCUAUUUAAAGCUAAAUGUGUUUAUAUUUUGAUUCGAU